AUGAGUGAUGAUUUCUUUGACUUCGACGACGAGUUCGGUGUCGACCACGCGCACUUCUUCGACGAGGCGGUGCACGACGACGGGGUGGUGGGGAGUGCAGGGCCCCUCCCUCCCCUCCCUUCCUCUGCCGCCGCCGCGGAUUCUCCGCUUGACGGGUGGACGGAUGGGGAAGGGGGGUCGGCACGGCCCGCCCGCGUGGCUGUUCGGCGGUAUCUCCCAAAUGUGUCGGAAGACGCCUUUCCCGUCGUCGUUUCCGUCCUCGCGCAGGCAAACUUAGGGGUUGGGGUGGAUCUUCGCACCCUCAGCUGCGCCACACGCAACGUGGAGUACAUCCCAAACAGCCGAAACGCGUGCGCGACGAUGCGGCUGCACGAGCCCAGCGCGGUCGUUCUCGUGCGAAACAGCGGCGCCCUCACGAUUGUCGGCGCGGCGGGGUUGAGUGAGGCUCGCCAAGCCGCCGAGCUCGCCGCACGGGUGAUUCGAAAGGCCAUCGGACUCUCGAUCGACACCUUUCGGUUUCGCGUCCGGUCGAUUAUGGCGCGGUUUAACGCCUGCAGUCCGAUCCGACUGGAUGAUCUCGCGCAUCAUAGCUUGGAUCCUCGCGAGAGCGUGGGGGUGGGGGCGAUUUCUUGCGUUUACGAGCCGGAGCGGUUUAACGGGUGUGUCGUGCGGCUGGAAGGGACCUCGGAGCGAAAUCGAUGGGUCGUCACCACGACGGUGUUCGUAACGGGAAAGAUCAGUAUGUUGGGAGCGCGGAGUUUGGAAGAGUUGCGUUUCGCGUUUGACGCGUUGAUUCCAAUUUUGGGGAAGUAUAUUGGCGGGACGGGGCCGGUCGAUCAUCCGGCCUCAUCGUCCGGGCAAGCUCCAGUGGUUUCUGCCGCGGGUUUCCCCUGA